UUCCUUUACCUUCGAUCAGCUGUUCAUCUGCCGCCUUAUACAAAAACCAUUUUUACAAAAUUAUUUGGUUUCUUGCAGCCGUUAACUCAGUUGUGAAAUUAUCUGUUGAGCUCCGUACAACUCAGCAGUUCAAUAGAUUGGCCGCCCAAAUCCUCUUCCGAAUACCUAUACAGAAUGUGUUAGGCUGCCAUUUUGCACACUCUUAUACCUGCCACUAAAUCUGCAGGCAAAUCCUUGGACACCAAUAUGCAAUCGGAAAUGCCGAGAAUAUGCCGAGUGUGCCUAGUGCCUUCCGAAGACGGCCCCACUAUUUUUGAAUGCACAUCAGAAUCCGGGCAUUCGAUUAAGAAAAUCCUUUCCCUGCCCACAGGAUUCGAGGUUUGCCAGGGCGACACCUUUCCCGAAACCAUUUGCCCACCAUGUCUGCAGGAUGCAAUGAGUGCCCUCGAGAUCAGACAAGUGUCCGAGAAGAGCAAAAGGGUGUACUGCCAACAAAGUAGGGAAUUCCUGCAGAAAUCGAAUGCCCUAUUGAACUUGAGCCACGAUGGAGAGGACGAGGACUACCUAAGCAUAGAGGGAAGUAAGGAAACAAACUGCGAGUCAGCUCAAUCCAAAGGUGAUCUCCUGGAAACUGAUAAAAAUGAGGAAUGUGAUUACAAACCCGAAACCGAAACCAUCGAAGAUAUUCCCAAAAGACUACGAGCGAUUGAACCCUACAAUUGUCCUUAUUGUUCUAAGAUUUUUAAAGGAAGGACUCACUACAAACAACAUUUGCGAGUGCACACUGGAGAACGGCCCUUCAAGUGCUCCCAAUGCACCAACGCUUUCAAAACGCUUGGAGCCCUUCACGGUCACCUGCGGACGCACACGAAAGAAAGACCCCUCAGUUGUCCCCACUGCCCAACGGCCUUUCGACAAUCCUCAACCCUACUCGCAGAGCUGUGGAAAAACACUUGCGAACGCGACCGCUCGCAUGUUACCAGUGCCCAAAGAACCUUGCAACCCACUCCAGCCUCAAGGAGCAGUUGCUAUCGCCUAAAGGCCUUCUAUUAAGUGCCAUGGCUGAGCAACAUUUGUUAUUACACAGCGACGAUUCUAGUGACCCCAGUGUUCAAUAGUAUUCAAAUUGAAUUGAGACACACUUCCAAAUACACACAGAAAAAUUAGCAAAAAUUAAUGCAUAUCUUUAGCCAACU